AACCAGGGAUGGAGAUUGGAAAGAUGAUAGAAAACAAAAGGGGUCCUUGCUCUGUCGACUAUAGCAGUCUCGCUUCUUUGGCAUCGAAACGGAAGAAGGCGGAUUUGUCUAUCUCCACAAAGGGUUUUCUAGCUGAUAGAAAAGAACACAGUGAACACAUUGUCGCUCUGCAGCAGCUUGUUUCACCGUACGGAAAGACAGAUACUUCUUCUGUCCUACCGGAGGGAAUGGAAUACAUACAAUUUCUUCACGAACAAGUUAAGGUGUUGAGUGCCCCGUACCUCCAAACAACACCAAGUAAUACGCAGAAUGUAGAGCAUUAUAGCCUGAGAAACCGAGGUUUAUGUCUUGUUCCGGUCUCUUGUACCGUAGGAAUUGCUCAGAGCAACGGUGCCGAUAUUUGGACUCCCAUCAAGACCGCAUCUCCUAAAUUCGACUAA